AUGAACGGAAUAAGGAGACUGAUAGUUGCAUCUGCAUUGAUCUUUGGAGUUAUGUGUGCGAAUGAUAACACAAAGGAUAAUAAUGGGUCACCAAACCCCUCGUUGACAGCGGAAGCUAAUGGCGACCAAAAACCUACUGAAAACGACUCCAAGACUGAUCCCACAAAGAACGCCAAUAAGAAGGGUGUUAACUCAUUGCAUACUGCAGUUGCAGGGAUUGUGGCAAUGUUGUUCAUCAUUGCAGCGUAA